CUUAUGAUCUCAUGAAAGAAUUGAAUCGAAAUGUCCGCCCAAAAAAUAGGGCAGGAAAGACGCCAUGUUCCUUUCUUAAAAGCUUCCUUCUUUCUUUGCACUCCUCUCCUUUUCACGCAAUCCACUCACACCUACAACACAACACACUCUCUCUCUUUCUUUCUUUCUUACAACAAUUAAUCUACACUAUCAAUUCAAUUCUUUAGUUCUUUCAUUAGUCAUUACUACAUCUGAACAGUGUUUUUUUAAAUUUUUUGAAAUUAUAAUGAAAUUUUCGGCAAUUAGGGUUUUCACUGCAUUAUUUUGAUCGACGAUUUUGAAGUUAUAAAGAUGGGAUCUGGCAGCAGCAAAACGCGUCGUUGUAGUGGUAGUGAGGUGUCGUCUGUUUCUUCUACGUCGUCGUUUUCGUCGUCGGUUUCUUCAUCGGUUGGAAGAAGAAAGUCUAAAACUAGAGGAGUGUUUAGUUCUUCUUGCCUUGGAUCGUCGUCUAGAACUUACGACACUGAUGAUGACGAUGAUCAGGUUUCAGAUCUUCAUGUUGAAGCUAGUAGGACUAGAAUGCAACGACCUCAACUGGAGUCUGGUGAAAUGAAAGUUGAGUGUUUUCAAACUUCUAAAGUUGAUGGGCCUGAUAACAUGCCUUCUGUAUCGUCUAAUAGGAGUAUUGAGCUUGGUGAAUGGGAUCAUGCAAAUGGAGCAGACAAUGAGAUGAGGGCUGAUGGAAGUUCAUCUCAAGCUUUCUCAGGACAAUCUCUGAACCAUUCGAAUCGCUUUUUAUCUCGCUUCAGUUUUGUUCCCGGUAGUGUUAGCUUUAGGCUUAGCAGAGCUGCUAGUGUGGGAUCAUCAAGAGCCUAUCCUUCUUCUCCGAGAAACUUCACUUUAUCAAGUGGUGAAGAGGACCUUCAACUGCGUGGAGGCUUCUCACGUGGCUUGAUUAACCAUAAUGAGAGUCAACAUAAUAGCAGUCUGAAUUCUUCAUGCCUCACCAAUGAAUCAGUCAGAUCUCAUGGUGAUUCUUCUAUAAAUUUAGGUCGGCACCCUGGAAAUUCUACUUUUUCUGGUUCCUUGCAAAAUAAUCAGGUCAUUUCCGCAGAAGAUCUGGUGGAUAAUGAUAGUGAGAGAACUAGGCCAGAUGUGUAUUUACCCCCUCUUGGAAGUCAUAUGGAUGUGGAAGGUUUAAAUAGGAGAAUUGUUGACCGUCGUAAUGGUGCCCGAGAACCAGCGGAUCGCAAUGUUCGGUUUAGUAGAACUUUAAGUGUGGGUAGGCUCCGUGAUAGAGUUCUACGUAGAUCAUCAUUUUCAGACUUGACUCUUUCUCCUUUGCGGCAGGACAGAUCAGCUGCUUCUGAUGGAAAUUCUGUCAACUCUCUGAUGCCUUCUCCUUAUCCACUACCCAGCAUGCCUAAUUCCUACUAUGCUAAUCAAAACAAUGAUAUUGACACAUCACACCUUAGAGAAGGCAGGCAUCAUGAAUUACUGGAGCAUAGAUCAAAUUUCUUGGAGCGACGUAGAAGAAUAAGGUCCCAGGUACGUGCUCUUCAGCGUUUGGGUAGUCGUUUUGAGAAUCUAUCAGGUCAUGAGAGGUACUGUAUUCUGUCUGGGCAGCAUCGAACUGGGCGUUGCUCGUGUCGCAAUAAUAGUAGAGAUUCUAAUUCAAAUAAUGAUGGUGGUGCUCGAGCUAGCAUAUCGAGAAUCGUUAUGCUAGCUGAGGCUCUGUUUGAGGUUCUGGAUGAAAUUCACCAGCAAUCAGUGGUGUUAUCCUCCCGACCUUCUGUUUCUUCGAUUGGAUCAGUUCCAGCACCUAAUGAAGUUGUAGAAUCCUUGCCUGUUCAAGCAUACACUAAGUCAACUAAAUUACAGAAUGAGGAUGUUGCACAAUGUUACAUAUGCCUCGUAGAGUACGAGGAAGGCGAUGAAAUGCGUAUAUUGCCUUGUCAUCAUGAGUUUCAUAAGAAGUGUAUUGACAAGUGGCUCAAGGAAAUUCACAGGGUAUGUCCACUUUGUCGUGGAGAUAUUUGCAGAUCUGACUCAUUACCUGUUGAGAGCGGAGGUGGCUGUUAGUAUUCUGUUUACCAGAAUAGUGUACAAAAAUCUAAAGUGUUUGGUGAAACUCUCAUGAACAAGCAGGUUGCAACUGUGAUGCUCUCCGCAGAUUCAUGAUGUUUCCUACUUGGUCUUUUGUUUCCUCGACCUUCUGGUUCUGGUCACUUGAAUGAACAACAGAAACAUCACAGUUUAGUUGACUUGCUGUAACACUAUGAACUGGUUAGUCUCUAAUGUAUGCCCAUGUAAGAUCAGCGAGAGAACACAGCAGAGGAAAGACGUUUGAGAUGAGAUGGGGACAGGAGAUCAAUGCAUCAUUUUGGCUCAAGUGCCCGAAUAUAUGAAUGGUCAAGAACAUAGGUGGGUGCUGUAUUAUAUAUAUCGGCUCCAGUGUUUUUACUUUGUUUUGGCUGGAUAUCCUUGUGAAUAUGCAACCAGGAUCUGAUUCAGCCUGUAUCUUGUAACUGUUAUAAGUCCAAUCUCAAUGAUUCUUUUCAACACGAAAA